GUCUAGUUAUGGUCGUAAUUUGUUUGUGCCGUGUGCGCGUUUGUGUGUGUGUGCACAUGAACGUUUGUGUGUGAGUCAAGUUGGUGAUGUGAACAUUAUGUUACAUAGAACGGUUGUUUUAAGAUGCUUGGUAUUCACAAGUCUUUUAAUAGCAGUGUACAGAGCUUUGCCUCUCCCAUCAAGCGCCUGGUCUUUUCCAAGUCAGGCCGACGCCAGGUGGACAGGGGGAGUGUUUACCGCCGCCCACUGCACACCGUGCCCCUCUACCCACCCGACUUCCUCAUCCACCCCGAGAGGCUCAUCUUCGACUACGUGGAGAAGGAAGUCAAGUUCCUGGGUCACCUGACCUGGGUGUCGUGCUCCCUCAACCCCUCCAGCAGAGACGAGCUGCUGCAACUUCUUGACACAGCCAGGCAGUUGAAGGUGCUCCCUCUGAAGACCAGUGUGGAACAGGACUGCAUCCUCAGUCUGUCUGCCCGCUGUCUUCUUCUCACCUGGAGGGACAACGAGAAGCUGCUGCUGCGCAUUCCCACCCACGAGAUCGCCGCUGCCUCCUACCUGCGGGACGAUGCACUGCACCUUCUGGUGUUGAAGACAGGUCUGAAUGUGGACACGGUGCUUGCGGAGGGAAGUCUGGAGAAAAAGAAGCCCGGCGGCAUCGAGGGACGGCGCCAGACCAUGAGCAACAGCGACCCGCGCCCAGCAGGGGGCACCAUGGAGCGCAGGCACACCAUCUGCGGCGUCGACUGGCGGCCGUCAUCUCGCCACGAGCCCAAACCGACCCCUGCUGUGGUCCAGGGGGGCGGGGGAGGGGCUGGGGGGGGAGGUGGUGGUGGGGGAGGAGGGAGCCUGGAGAGGAAGAGGGUGGGAGGGAGCUGGGAGAGGCGCCAGACCAGGAAAGCAGGAGGAGGAAGCUGGGAGAAGAGGCCGGUGAGCGGGAGCUGGGACCGGAGGCCUGUGGUCGGGGGGAGCUGGGAGAAGAGGCACGGGGGUCCGGGCAGCGGGGUGGGGGGUAGCUGGGAGAGGAGGAAUGGUCCUGGGGCAGGUGGAGGGAAGCCCGGGGGCAGCUGGGAUAAGAGACACCCCCCAGGUGGCAGCUGGGAGCGCCGGCAGGCCUGCACAGGGAGCUGGGAGAGAGGGAAGUCCUACGGAAGCUGGGAGAGGAGAAACCACAAUCCUCUGGAGCCCACUCCUUGCCCCGAUGCCUACUGCAACCUGGUCAUACUGGCUGUGGAGAACAGGGAUGCUGCUGAGGAGUACUGCGCUCUGGUGUGUCAGAUGUUUCAGAUCAUCUACGGUCACCAGACCAUCGAGUGUGUGGACCGGGCAGGUUUCCACUACACCAUGCCAGAUCGCUACUGGCUGCAGAGAAGUGACAGCUGCCUGACAGAUAUGUCCUACAGCUAUGAUACAGAUUUCAGCUGCUGCAGUUCCUAUGAUAGCUCGCAGGAUGCCUUUGAUCUGUACUACAGCGAGAACUACAGCGAGAACUCGUCCCUGUCUCUCCAGGACUCCCAGCGCAGCCUGGCCUCGCUGCACAGCGACGGGGAGAGCAGCAACCCUGGCCUGCUGCUGAUGCAGGAGUACAUGAUCACACUGCGUAGUAAGCUGAGCCCUCAGGAGCUGCAGCAGUUUGCGGUGCUGCUGAGGGAGUACCGUCUGGGCUCGGCCGUCCAAGAGUUCUGCUCUGACCUUCUCCUGCUGUACGGAGACACAAGGAAGUUCCUGCUGAUUGGUAUGCGCCCUUUCAUCCCAGACAAGGAUGUUGGUGUGUUUGAGGGCUUCCUGGAAGGCAUCGGGAUUCGCGAGGGGGGGAUCCUGACUGACAGCUUUGGCCGGAUCAAACGGAGCAUGAGCAGUACGUCCGCCACGGCAAUGCGUGACAUCUGGUCCCUCCCCUCUGGCACCCAGGACUUUAACCGUCGUAUCACCGACAUCACGCACGACAUCGAGGCACUGGGGUUUGAGGAGGGACAUGGGGACAUAGAGGAAGAGGACUAUUACCUGUGAGGGGGGAGGACUUGGGCUGGAGGUCUCGGGGGAGGGGCCAGGGUAGAGGGGGAGGUUAAGGACUGAGACUGAGGCUGGGCUUAAAGCAGGGGUCUCACAAAGGAAUGAAAGCAGGAGUGACUCAAGGACAAUAGGUAUUUUUUAUGUCCCACAAUUCCAGAAUGUACUGUAUUUUGGGGGAUUUGAAAAGAAGUACUGUUAUAUCAACGAACAUGGCGACACAGCAACUUUUUUGUAUUAUGUGAAAAGAGGAAGAAAAUAAUUCAAAGUAGUUUUUGUUUCUGUUGUGAAAUGUUUUUACACAAAUGUUGCCAUAGCCUGCUGAAUAACAACCAGUCUCAGUCACAGAAACAAUUAGUUUAAUUAUCUGUAAGUGUGAACAAGUUGUCGGCUAAAUACUGUAAGCAUCUCUUUUACCCAUGUAUUACACAGCAUGUGUGCGUA